AUGUUUAUGAAACUGAUAUAUGCUUGGUCCAUAUACAUUUUGAUAUACACUAAAUGUAACUCUUAUAUUCUGAGAAAAAAAUAUUUGGAUAAUUUAUUUUUUGUCAAUUAUGACAGAGUUCCUUUUUACGAUUAUAAUAAGAGGUGUAUUGUAUAUGACAAAGCUAAUAAGGGAUUGAGAUUAAAAAAGCAGAGAAUAUAUAAAAAAGAAGAAAAUGAUGAAAGAGAGAAAUUAAAGAAUAAUAGAUUUACAAGGUGUUAUCUGUUAAAGAACAUUGAAUUUAGACAAUAUGAUAAAAAAUUAAAGAAGAGAAGAAAAGAUAAAGAAGGAAAUCUUUAUAGUAGUAAGUUUGAUAAGAUAUUUAAAGAAUCAUUUAAUGAAGAUGAUAAAUUAAAAAAAAGUGAAUUAAUAUCUAUCUUAGCUUGUAUAUGUACAAAUAUUGUAAUUGAAUUUUUAAAAUUAAAAGAAGAAAAGAAAACUGAUGAUUUUACAUAUACUUUUGAUUAUAGUGUUAUGAAUGUAUUAAAGAUGGUAAAUUUUGAAUAUGAUGUAAAUGAAGAAUUAAAAAAACAAAAAAAGAAAAAAAAAAUGAAUAAAACAUAUACAUCAUUAUAUGGAGAUAAUAAAAAAAGUGAUAAUUAUAAUGACAAUAUAAAUAUCUUAAAAAAAAAUGAGGAUCCAACAAUUAAUAAUUCUUUAUUUGAUAAAGAAAGAUUUUCUGAAAAUGAUAAAAUAGAAAUGUUUGAAGAAACAAAAGAAAUAAAUAUUGAUAUUAAUAAUAAAAACACAAAAGAAGAAAAUGAAUUAUUAGAUAUGUAUAUUCAAAAACUAGAAUUUAAUACUCUCGAAAUGAAUGAUAUUAAAACGUAUAUUGAUUUAUUUUUUGGAAAAAAUACAUAUGAAAAAGUGUUUGUAAAAAAUAAUAUAAAUAUUAAUAAAAUAUUUGAUGUGUUGCAUACAGCCUUAUUUGAUAAGACACAAGAAAGAGAAAAUGUCAUGCAACUACAACAGUUUGUUGAUGAUCAAGAAAAGAAAUUAAAUGAAAAAAAAAUUAAUGUUAGAAAUGUUAAUACAUUUAAUGAUUAUUUGGAUAAAUAUGUGUCAUUAGAAGAGGAGAAAAAUAUAAAUGAUCUUGAUAAUAUUUUGUAUGAUGAUGAAAAGUAUGAGAAGGAAGAUAUGACAAGUGAAAAAAAAGGUAUGCAAAAAAAAAAAAAAAAGAAGGAAACAAAAGCAUUAGAUAGGGUCAACAUGGAUACUGACAAUAAUGAUAAUGAUGAUAUGGAUAAUGAUAAUGAUAAUGAUGAUAUUGAUAAUAAUGAUAAUGAUGAUAUUGACAAUAAUGAUAAUGAUGAUAUUGAUAAUGAUGAUAUUGAUAAUGAUGAUAUUGAUAAUGAUGAUAUUGAUAAUAAUGAUAUUGAUAAUGAUGAUAAUAAUAAUAACAAUAGUGGUGGUAAUAAUAAUAACAAUAGUGGUGGUAAUGAUUAUAAUUAUGAUAAUAAUGAAGACAACAACAAUAAUAAUAAUAAUAGUCAUAGUAAUAAACAUGAUAAUUAUUCCAAUGAUCAUUCUAUUAAUCAACAUAAUGAGGAUAAUCACAAUACUAAUAAUCAUCAUAUGAAUCAAAAGACACAACAUAAUAAUUAUGACAAUCAAGAUAACAAAUAUAUUAAUAAUAUUAAUGUGGACAAUAAUGAAGAAGAAAAUAAUAUUUUUGAAAGAAUUCCUCAUGAGGAAAAUAGAAACUUUUCAAACAAUAAUGAAGAUGAAAAAAAAGAUAAUGAACAAGAAAAGAAAUUUUUAAGUGGCCUUUCGUAUGCUCUAAUUAAAGGUUGCAAUAUGCAAAUGGAAAAUAAUGAAGAAGAAAUGAAUGAAGAAAAAAUCAGUGAAGAAGAAAUGAAUGAAGAAAAAAUCAGUGAAGAAAAAAUUAGUGAAGAAAAUAUUAGUGAAGAAAAUAUUAGUGAAGAAGAAAUUGACAGCAGUUCUACCACUUAUGAUGAUAACAAAAUUGAAUUUUGUCAUAAUAACAAAAAUAAUAUUAUAUUAUUAAAUUUUGUUUAUAAUAAUAAAUACAAUAUAGAAUUUCGUUCAGAUAUUGGAGUUGUAGCAUAUGAUAUAUUGAAGAAUGAAUUUGUAGAGGAUAAUAUUGAAGAAUGUCUUAUUAAAUAUAUUAAGUUAAAUAAUAUAUUUGAUAAAGAUAUUAUUAGUAUAUUUGAAAAUAUUAUAAAAAAUCUUAAUUUAAAUGUAAUAUGUUCUUAUCCAUAUAAAAAACGAUUUUAUCAAAAACAAAAAUUAAUUAAAGAUAUUAAUAACAAAAUAAAUUUGAAUAAUUUGAAUGAUAAAAUGUUAAAAAUGUUAUUAUAUAUUUAUUUUAUCAUAUGGGGAGAUGACUUGCAUUUUUAUGAAUUAAAAAAGGUUCAUAUAGAACAUAUAAUAACAAAAGAGGAUAUAAAUAAAUCAAUAAAUAUAAAUAAUAAUGUACAUAAUAAAAAUGAAAAUAUAUCAUCAUGUGCACAUAAUUUUUUUGUAAAUUAUAAGUAUAAUGAUAAUGACGAUAUAUUAAUCGAUAGUGAUACAUAUAAUAAUAAUACUUUAUCAAACAAUAAAAAUAAUUUAUUUGAUUCUUCAUUUUUUGAGAAUGAUUAUAUAUCAUUAAAUUUAAAAAUAUUUAUUAAUAAUAAAAAACAAAUAAAUAAUUUUGAUGAAUUAAAAAAUGUUUUUAAAUCAUAUAAAUGUAAUCUUAGUAAAUAUAUACAAAACUUUUUAAAUAAUAUAAAUGAAAAAGACCUUAAUUUUGUAACUCCAGAAUAUUUUAUAAAAAAUUAUACAUAUGAUGCAAAAGAUGAUUUUAUAAAUAUAACAGAAAUUUUAUAUAAAUGUAAACUACAAAGUAGAUAUAUUUCUUUAUUUCAAGAACAAUCUAAUAAUAAUGAAAUAAAUAAAAAGAGAGAUUUAAAAUUAUAUUAUUCCUGUCCAACAUUUGCUCGUAUGGUUAAUAGAAAAAUGAAUAUAUUAAAAAAUAAAUAUAUGUUUAUAAAGAAUUUUAAAUAUAAUAUUUUUAAAAUAAACAACAAUAAUAAUAUAAAUGAUUAUAAUUGUAACUAUUCAGAGACCCUUAUGAAAAGACGUUCAUUUUUUUUAUGUGCUAAAAAAAAAAAAUAUGAAACCCAAAAUAAAAAGGAACAAUCAAAAUAUUAUCAAACCAAUCAUGCAAAUAAUAAUAUAGCUACUUGUGAUUUUCUAUCAAAUGAUCUAUUUGAAGAAGAAAUAGAAAAAUUUGAACACAUAGAUAAUAUAUUAGGACAUCAAACUUAUGAUAAUUUUAAUGAGGAAGAAAUAGAAAACACAGAUAACAAGAAAGAUUUUUCAAAUAAAAGUAAUGAUGAUAAGAGUAAAAUAUCUAAUCCAAAUGAUCAGGGUCAUAAUAACAAUUUAACUUGUGAAAGAAUAAAAAGUAGCAAUAAUCCUUAUAUGCAAAAAAUGUUCGAGAAACAAAAGUAUAUGAAUAAUAUUUUAAGCUUGGCAAAUAUGAAUAAUGAUAUCAAAGAAAAUAUUAAUGUAUUAAGUUAUGAAGAUGCUUAUAGUAAUAUACAAAAUGAGUUGAAAAAUAAAUCCAAUGAUAAAAAAAAAAAGAAACAAAAUAAUAAUAAUAAUAAUGAUAAUAAUAAUGAUAAUAAUAAUGAUAAUAGUAGUAGUAAUAAUAUGGAUGAACAAAAUAAUGUUAUUGAACCAUUUGAUGAGGAUAAAAUUGAAAAAGAAUUAAUAUCGUUAUUACAAAAUAAAGAUAAUUAUGAUUUAUUAAAAGACAAUGAAGAAAAAAAAAAUAAGGAAUUAGAAAAGUUAAAUAAUGAAAAAGAAAAGAUUAAUACAUUUUUUAAAAAUAUGAAUGUUGAAAUAAAAUUAAACAAAAAUGUUUGUGUAGGGUGUGGUGCUAUAUUUCAAUCUAAGGAUAUGAAUAAAUUUGGAUUUUUAAAAAAUGAUAUAUAUGAAAAAAUCAUAAAUAAAGAUGAGGAUUUAGAUAAGAAAAAUAUAUUAAAUGAAAUUUAUGAAGAAAAUAAAACAGAUGAUAAUAUAUCAGAUAUGAAUAUAAGAUAUAAAAAUGAUUCUAUAAAUGAAUUAUAUGAAUUAAAAGAAAUGAAUAUUAAAAAAAAGUCUGAAUCUGAUAAUGAGAACAUACACUAUGAUGGAGAUCAAAAUGAAAAUGAUAAUAAUAAUAUUGAUAAGGAUUUUUUAAAAAUGAAAAAUAAUAAUAAUAAUAUAAAUAAUAAUAAUAUUGAUGAAUAUAUUGUUGAUGAAAAACAAUAUACAUGUAAAAGGUGCUUUGAUUUAAAAUAUAAAAAUAAAAUAAAUAAUAAUUUAAUUAUUAAUUAUACUAAUAAUAAUGAAAUAAAUGUAAAUGAUUUUGAAAAGUAUGUUAUAAAUAUAUUUAAAAAAAAAUGUUUUAUUAUAUAUAUUGUAGAUGUGUUAGAUUUAUAUGUUUAUUCAAAUUUGAAAAAAUUAUUUAAUCUUUAUAAGAAGUUACAUAAUGAUAAAAGUAAAUUGGAAGGUUUUUAUUUUUGUGUAAAUAAAAUUGAUUUGUUAUCAAAUUAUAAAGAAUUUACAGUUAAGAAUUAUAUUUACAAUUUCUUAAAAAGUAAUAAAAUAAAUGUAUUAUUUAAAAAUAUUUUCCUUGUAAGUGCAAAAACGGGAUAUAAUGUUAAAAAAUUAAUUUAUACUGUCUUUAUAAGAAGCAAAAAUAUACUUCGAAAUACUAAACAAAAAAAGAAACAAAAUUUGGAUGACGAAGAAGAUGAAGAUGAUGAUGAUAAAGAUAUGGAUUCAUUACAGUGUGGAAAAUAUAAAAAAGAAAAAAAAAAAAAAAAAAGUAAAACAUUUCUUUUUGAAAAUUUGUUAAAUAUUGAUUCUAAUAAUGAUGAUACAAAUAGUGAUAAUAAAAAAUGUGAUGAUAAAAAUAAUAAAAUAGAUAGUCUUAAUGAUAAUGAUUUAAUGAAAUAUAAUAAAGAGCUAUUCUCGAAUGAUAAUAAAAAUAAUUUUUCAAAUGAACAACUGGAUGAAAAUUAUUAUAAUGAUAAUGAUUCGAAUAAAUAUUAUUCCAAAAAUGUAAAUAUUUAUAUUGUUGGAAAUGCAAAUAGUGGUAAAUCCUCAUUAAUAAAUUAUUUACUUAAAAACAUUAAGAAUAAAGAAAAGAAAAAUUUUUUAAUUAGUCAUAGUAUAAUACCAGGUACCACCUUAAAAAAUAUUAAAAUAAAAUUAAACAAAAAUAUAACAAUUAAUGAUACACCAGGAAUAAUAUCUAAUAAUUCACUCUUAUCAUAUUUAAAUUUUGAAGAACUAAAAUAUGUUGUAUGUAAUAAAUUAAAAAAUAAAAUAACAUCUAUAUAUAUCAAUCAAAAUGAUUAUAUUUUUAUUGGAGGUCUUCUAUUUAUUCAUAUAUUAAAUAUUAAAAAAUAUUAUUCAAUUAUGUCUUUUUUCUUAUCUGAAAAACUACCAAUAAUUAAAAGAAAAAAUUUCUCAAAAGAUCCAUAUGUAUUUAUCAAAGAAAAAAUAAAAACUGGAUUUCUUUAUCCACCUUUUACAGAACAAAGAUUUGAUGAAAUUAAUAACUUUAAAAAAUAUUAUUUUAAUAUAAAUAAUCAAGCAACAGAUAUUAAAAAUAGUUGUUAUGAUAUACAUAUUCAAGGAAUGGGAUAUAUUACUUUUUAUGCUUUUGAAAAUAUCGAAUUCAAUUUGUAUACUUUAAAAAAUGUGGAUGUUAUGUCAAGACCCUCUAUAAUGCCUUAUCAUAAAAAAUUUGGUAAAUUAAAUUUUACAAAAAAGUUGAAAUGA